AACGCACAUCAGUUGUAUUGCAGUCUCCGCGCAACCGUUCGAUUGACAAGAUCAAAAAAGAAUAUCUUACUCUCCGUAUAAAAAAAUCAAAAUAUUUACGUUACGAAAAUGGGUCUCUUGAGUUUCUUACCAAAAGUUAAUAACUUUCUAUGUUGCUUAAGUUUGCACACCGGAUUGAUUAUUUCCGGCAUCAGUUUCUUGGUGUGGAAUAUUUUGAUUAUUUUGCAAAAUGAGGACAUCAUUAAUCUAAAGGUUAAAGGCUACGACCAUUAUGGAGGUGCUGAUACCACUACCGUCUGUGCUAUUGCAAUAAUCUUUUCGAUUUGUUUAUUGAUUGGAAUAUCACAGCACAAUAAAUUCUUCUUGACCAUUUGUGUAUGGUUCCUCUUCGCACUCAUCGUCUUCGGCAUUGUUCUCACCGUGAAGGCAUUUAUCAAUGAAGAUCACAAAACAGGAUCCAUUCUACUCGUCACCGUUCUUCUCGAAUUUUACGUUCUGAUUUGUGCUAAUUCUUACUUGGAAGCCAUCGGAGGCUAAGCACAUUAUGUACAAACAAACAUUUCUUUUUAUAUAAACUCAAUAUUUUAACAAUAAAACUAAUUUUAAAAUCGUA